AUUUCUUAAUCAAAAUACUCUAACAACAUUUGGCAAGUUAGAACCUUUUCUAAAUCAUAUGAACAAAACAUCACUCAUGUAACUGAGCUGAACUCAUAAACAACAGUAUUCAAGAAAUGAUCCGAAACAUUUUGAAACAAUGUCAUCAUAAGUUUCACAACAACCCUACAACAAAUUUGAAUGGCAAAACGCUCUUCACUUCACUCAUUCACACCCUUUCCAAUCCAAACCAAAACGAGUUUGAUGAAUCCAAAUGGAAGAAUGAACAACAACUAGAAGAAGAAAAUUCUGCGUUUCAGAUUUCUCAUCCUUGGCCUGAAUGGGUAGACUUGAUGGAAUGUUUGCUUAAAAAGGGUCAUUUUCAUGCAGAGGGUAACCCAUUUUUGAAUCCUAAUUUGGGUUCUAAAGAAUCAAAUCUUAUUAGAACUGCUUGUCUUAAUUUUGGUAGAGACAAUUCUCAUUUUUUAAGGUUUUUGUCUCGAAAAGAUAUAGGAGUUAUUGUAACAUUUGGAUGUCCAAGCUUAGAUAGGAAAGUGGUUAACUCAGGAAAGCGUCUGAGAGCACAUGUUGGCAUUGAUGAAGGAAAUGUCUGCAGCUCGUGCAAUUUGAGGGGAAACUGUGAAAGGGCAUUCGUCAUAGCACGCGAAGAUGAAGGCGGAAGAAUGGUGGAUGUUAUGCGUAUUAUUUUGACAUAUGGACUUGACCCAAUUAUUGGUUCAGUUGAUAACAAACCAUCUCUAAAUAAAAUGGUAAAAGAAUCUGUGAGAAGACUACUGAAAAAGAUAGUAGAGUGCAGUGCUGAAGAAAAAAACCCCAAUUUUUCAGACACCAAUGAGGUUGCUGUCGAAGAAGUUCAUCGUAAUCCACAAGAUAAAGGCAAAAAAGGUGUUCCAAUGAAGCAAGGCGAUUGGCUUUGCCCCAAUUGCAAUUUCCACAACUUCGCUAAAAAUAUCAAGUGCUUGCACUGUGACAACUUCUGUGAGGAAAAAAUCAAGCAAUUGAAGGAGGAUAACAAUCACUUACCUUUGAAGAAGGGAGACUGGAUCUGCGACAAAUGCAACUUCCUCAAUUUUGCAAGGAAUACAAGAUGUUUGCUAUGUAAAGAAGGGCCUUCAAAUCGUCGCAUUAAUCCAGGGGAGUGGGCAUGCGAGUCGUGCAACUACAUCAAUUUCAGAAGAAACAUGGUUUGCCUUAAAUGUGAUCAUAGAAGACCUAAAGUGUCAAAUGCUUCAAACAAUUCCCUUCAACCACAGGGAGAAGAUGGCAAAACAAACAUUGCUGGAUAUCGAUUUGAUGAUGGUAACAAAGAAUUGUCAAUGGCGUCAGAAAGAAAAAGUAGGAAAAGAGAUUCACAUAAGUGGAGAUUUGUAGAAAAUGGAAUUGAAAAUCACAAUUACUUAGAGAACUCAAAUGACACUACAGAAGUUUUAGAUUUUCCUAUUGCUGGAGGUAAGACUGGCAUGUUUGAGGCACAAAGGGGAGAAGCAUAUAAGAACGAGUCGCCAGAUCCGCACAGAAAGCAUUCGUGGCAAAGUGAAACCGAUAACGAGCUUAGUUCUUCUGAUAACUCGAGUACCGAUGAUGAAGAGAUGGCUGAAUGGUUUGGAAAGGGUAAGAAUGCAAGGUAGAACUCCAGGAAGAGAGAUUUUAUGACCAUACUUUUUAUAUUUGUAUGAAUCAUUGAAUUUUAUGGAUAAUACUAAAGGCAAUAUAUAUAUAAUUUUUGGUUUUCA